UACGUGCAGGGAGCGACUAAACCUGUGUCGCUUGUUCUUGGCGUCACGCUGGGCUUGCGGGCUGCUACUUCCGGGUCAGAGGUCGUUCGGUCCGGCGCGACUCAGACCAUGGUGCAGCUCCGACCGCGCGCGUCCCGCGCUCCCGCGUCGGCGUCGGCGAUGGUGGACGAGGGCCAGCCCGCCUCGGAGGAGGCAGAGCACGGCCUGCUGCUCGGGCAGCCCAGCAGCGGCGCGGCCGCCGAGCCCUUGGAGGAGGACGGGGACGGGGAUGACGACCUGGACGACGAGGCCCCGGAGGAGCUGACUUUCGCCAGCGCCCAGGCGGAGGCGAGGGCAGAGGAGCGGCGAGUUCGGGAGACGGCGCGCAGGGAUAAAACACUCCUGAAGGAGAAGAGGAAGCGACGCGAGGAGCUGUUCAUUGAACAAAAGAAAAGGAAACUCCUUCCAGACACUGUUCUACAGAAGUUGACUACAGCUUCACAGACAAACAUAAAGAAAUCGCCAGGAAAAUUAAAAGAAGAUAAAUCGCAGAAGAAAAAUGAAGAAUGCGAAAAAGGAAAUGAGUCCAAGAAAGUUAAAGAAAAAAUACAAUCUAUUGGCCAGAAUAAAAGUUACUUGGCGCGAAGGCUGAAAGAUCAAGAUCUGAGAGAUUCAAGGCAACAAGCAGCCAAAGCCUUCAUACAAAAUUCUUUGUAUGGUCCAGGAACCAACAGAACUACUGUAAAUAAGUUCCUGUCUCUUAACAAUAAGAGGUUACCAGUGAAAAAGGCCGCAGCCCAGUUUUUGAAUAAUGGUUGGGGAACCCAGAAAAAACAAAAUGCCAAGAGGUUUAAAAGACGGUGGAUGGUCAGAAAGAUGAAAACUUCUAAGAAGUAAAUCAAAGCUAAAUGAAGAAUGAGAACUUUGUAUGUAUGGAACUACAGUUUAGUUUAAAAGAUUAAUUUAAAAUUAAUAAAUGUAAUAAAAAUCUAAUAAAUCAUUUUGAAGGA